CGAGUGUAGGGGUGGGGAGAGAGAAGAACUGGGGAGAGGGGAGUCGAGAGAGAGAGAAAGAGAAAGAGAGAGUUAUAGUUGGGAGAGAGAGAAAAAGUAGGGAGAGAGAGAGUAGGAGUGUGGAGAGAAGAGAGAGAGAGAGAGAGAGAGAGAGAGAGAGAGAGAGAGAGAGAGAGAGAGAGAGAGAGAGAGAGAGAGAGAGAGAGAGAGAGAGAGUGGGCAGAGAGAGUGGGAGUGGGAGAGAGAGCUGGAGUAGGGAGAGAGAUUGGGGAGAGAGGGAGCGAGAGAGAAUGAGACAGAGAGAGUCGAAUUUGGGAGAGAGAGUGUGGGAAUUGGGAAAGAGUGUGGGAGUUGGGAGAGAGGGAGGAGAGAGAAAGUGUAUUGAACCGGAGACUUACAUAAAUAUAAGGAACCAUUGGCUGAAUGCACUCGUGCCUCGUCUUCAAAAUUCCUGUCUGGACACCCCUUACAAACUGACAGAAAAAUUCCUAGAGUUUAUACCGAAUCUACAGGAACUGGAGUCAGUUCCAUCGCCUCGAAUAAUGACGUCACAUCUUCCGGUUAAAUAUACACCGAAGGAAAACAGUGGGAAAAUUAUCCAUUCCAUUCGGAACCAUAAAGACGUUGUAGUGUCUUUUUUCUAUCACGCCAGAGCCGACUCGAUAGUCAAGGACUUCAUGAAUCCUAACUGGUCCAUUUUCUUAGAAAAUUUCGUACGUGGGGAUUGUUUCUAUGGAAGUUGGUUUGAACAAGAGAAAGAGUGGGGAAAAGCAGCACAGCAAAAUUCUGAACAAAUAUUGGUCAUUUAUUACGAAGAUCUUAAGAAAAACGGUAUGGAGACAAUGCAGAGGAUAUCCUGUUUUCUCAGAACCUCCUCUGAUCCUACAUUUCUUCAAGCUGUUUAUGAUGAAUGUGCCUUUGAUAAAGAGAGGUGGGUGAUUGGAAAUCAAUAUUCAGAGAGGAACAGAAUGAGAAGUUUGAUCAAGUCUUCAAUGAACAAAUGAAGGAUUCAAAAUUAAAAAUACAAUGGAAUUAAACGGUU